AUGUUCAAUGAGACUGAUGGGGACUUUAACGAUGUGGCUAUAAGGACUUUUAAAAUCGUCCUGGCUGCCGAGCAUGAUUUGAGAAAGUCCUUGACUAAGAAACCUGUGAGGAAGUGCAUCGGCUUAUGGAUCACAUUGAUGAAUACAAAUGUGGUGAGAAAGACCGACAGUAAGGGAAGAGAAAAGCUAAGGAUAAAAGGGUAUGACAUGAAGAGGGUGAUGGUAGACCAAGGCAGUGGUGUAGAGAUUAUGUACCCUAACUUAUACAAAGGGUUGAACUUGAAGCCUGAGGACUUAACAACCUAUGAUUCACUUUUGGUAAGUUUUGAUGGGAAAGUUGUCAUCCAAAAGGGCCAAAUUAGAUUGCCCCUGCAAGCAGGUUUGGAGGUAGUGGAAGUUGACUUCAUUGUAGUGUAUGCUUAUUCCCCCUAUAUUGCCAUUGUAGCAAGGCCUUGGCUCCAUGCCCUAGGGGCUGUUUCUUCAACUCUGCACUUGAAGCAAUCAUGGAAUCCGAUCCUAUCUAUAGAUGCAGUUUUGGAGGAGUUAAAGUGUGAGAGGUUGGAGGAAAUUGCUAUAGAUGGUGAUCCAAAGAAGUUUUUUCAGGUCGGAACUCAGUUACCUCCUCAGGAGAAGGAAGAACUGUUAGCGUUUUUAAGGUGGAAUAUUGAUGUGUCUGCAUGGAAUGCUUAUGAAGCUCUAGGUGUGGAUCCAGACUUCAUUUGCCAUCACCUAAAUGUCAACCCAACUGUCCUUUUUAGGAAGCAACCACCUUGGCACUCGUCUAAAGAGCAAUCAGAUGCUAUUAAGGAGGAGGUGAACAAGCUUAAGUAG